AUGGACUUCCCCCCUCCCUUGAUGCUGGACCCCGCCAUGCUGGCAGAUUCCCCUCUGCCCAAUCUCGACGACCCGGACUCCGAGUAUGAAUACGAAUACCAUCCCACCGACACCGAGACCGUCUAUCUCACCCUUGACCUGACUUCCCUGCACGGUCCUAUCCGUGCCCCUCGUCGCCGUCAAGAUCCUUCCUCUUCCACCACAACACCCACCCCCUCCCACCACGACGAACCCGACGCCGCCCUCUCCAGCACCGAAACCAAUCCCAACUCCACCAGCGACGGGGUGCAAAUCCUCGGCCUACACACACCAAACCCGAUCAUAUCAUACCAAAACCAAAUCUUCAGCGGCACCUGGGCGGACCAGAUUGGCACCGAACUACUUUUCACUCCCCCGGAACACGCCCACGACCACGACCACGAUCAUGACGACCCCACCCAGCACCUCAACCCCAUCACCCCCCUCCACCGCGGCAAAACAUUCGAUCUCGUCUCAGCCAACAGCGUGAAAAUCCUUGGUCGCAAAGCCAACCUCAUCUCCAGCUCUGCCAACGUCUACGCCGCCGAGACCUUCACCUCCGACCCGGCCGACGCACCCACGGGGUUGGUGCGCAAGACGGCACAGCAAUCGAACCAGGCGCGGUUCAUGGAGCGACUGACCCGCAUCAAACGCGAGAAGGGCGAGAUGGACACGGUGCGCACGUCGUUCAGCGCCCGACGGACACAGAACCUGGAGGCUCGGUUGCGCGGCUGGGCCCGCACGGAUGAGCAGCUGGUGGAAAUCCAGCGGCUGAAUGAGCUGGCGUUGCAGGGUGAUGCCAAUGCCAUGGCGGAGUUGGAGGGUCUGUACUCGCGACUAGCGGGGAAUGGGGAUGAGCAUGAUUUGGACUCGGACCUGGAGCAGGAGGACUUGUGA